AUGGGUUCGGUGCCCAUGGGUAAUGCCCAAGAUGCUGUAGACAAUUCGUGUGCUGGUGAUAACAUCGAAUUGGAAGAAAAUGUGCGUAUUCAAGCCGAGACUUGGUAUUCAACGGCUUUAGCAAAUUUUAACCGAGUUCAAAAAUGUCGUACCGAAUGGCGCCCUACUGUGACUACACCCAUCUCUGCAGCCAUACGGCUACCUAAAAUGGAACUACCUACGUUCUCUGGCGAUUCCACGGAGUGGAUCGGAUUUUUCGACGCGUUCUCCUCGCUGAUCGACAAUAAUCCGGCCUUAUCGGACGGGCAAAAGCUACACUAUCUUCGAAGUUGUCUAAAGGGCGAAGCAUUGACAAUCAUCAGUGGCUUCCAAAUUAGUGAUGCAAAUUACAAGGAGGCAUAG